GGUCGGUGGCCGUGGCCGGGAAGAUGGCGGAGGUGAAGCGGCGCGAGGGCUUGCGGUUCCCCGCGCGCCGCAGCCCCCCGCCCGCCGUGCUGGCGCUGCCGCUCUCCCGCGUCAAGCUCAUCAUGAAGAGCUGCCCCGACGUGUCGAGCAUCAACCAGGACGCGCUCUUCCUCACCGCCAAGGCCACUGAAUUAUUUGUGCAACAUCUUGCCACAUAUGCAUACAAAAGCAACAAUUCAGAGAAAAAAGAACUCUCUUACAAUGACCUGGCUGACUGUGUGGAGAACUCUGAAACAUUCCAGUUUUUAGCUGAUAUUCUGCCAAAAAAGAUCUUGGCAAGUGACUAUCUAAGGAUGCUUGAAGAGGAGAAAGAAGGAAUUGGUGGCGCUGAAGGGGAUGGAGGAAAUGAAAAUGAUGAUGAGGAGGAGGAAGAGGAAGAAAAUGAAUCCUAAAGAGCAUCUUUCUCACCUUGACAACUUCUCAUGGAAGUGUGUACAGAGCAAGAGGAAAUUGUUAAAACAAUAUUGUUGAGUGUUUAGGAUUACUAAGCACAAGUUUACAUGUCCAUAACUUCAAAAUUCCAUUUAAUGAGCCACUGUGAAGAGCUGAAGUCAGAUAGAAAGUCUGGGUUGGUGUUAACAGUUCCUUCAGUUUAUGAAAGGCAAGAUAUCCUUAUUUUUCUUUUGAAGAAUUUUUCCUCUGUUUAUUUUAUUGAUUAAAUGGCAUACUUGAUAUAAAAUGUAUAUAUGUGAUAUAUACUUUUGUAUAUUUGAAAUAAAAAAAGCAUUACUGAACAGAAUCUG